UCAGUGAAUUAUUUCUGGGCGAUUGGUUUUUAUUUCCGGGCUAUGGGACAAGGCAGUGCCUAGCGGCCGCCUGUAGCCGCUAAGACAGCUCCGCCGCCGCAGCCAUCAUGUCAGACACGGAUAGCGAUGAAGAUUCUGCUGGAGGCGGCCCAUUUUCUUUAACUGGUUUCCUUUUCGGCAACAUCAAUGGAGCCGGGCAGCUUGAGGGAGAAAGCGUCUUGGACGAUGAGUGUAAGAAGCAUUUGGCAGGCUUGGGGGCUUUGGGGCUGGGCAGCCUGAUAACUGAACUCACAGCAAAUGAAGAAUUGACUGGUACUGAUGCUGCCCUGGUAAAUGAUGAAGGAUGGGUCAGGAGUACAGAAGAUGCUGUAGACUAUUCAGACAUCAAUGAGGUAGCAGAAGAUGAAAGCCGAAGAUAUCAGCAGACAAUGGGGAGCUUGCAGCCUCUUUGCCAUGCAGAUUAUGAUGAGGAUGACUAUGAUGCUGAUUGUGAAGACAUUGAUUGCAAGUUGAUGCCUCCUCCACCUCCACCUCCAGGACCAGUGAAAAAGGAUAAGGACCAGGAUGCAAUUGCUGGUGUGUCUGAAGAUGGAGAAGGCAUCAUCUUGCCCUCCAUCAUUGCCCCUUCCUCUUUGGCCUCAGAGAAAGUGGACUUCAGUAGUUCCUCUGACUCAGAAUCUGAGAUGGGACCUCAGGAAGCAACACAGACAGAAUCUGAGGAUGGAAAGCUGACCCUACCAUUGGCUGGGAUUAUGCAGCACGAUGCCACCAAGCUGUUGCCGAGUGUCACAGAACUUUUCCCAGAAUUUCGUCCUGGGAAGGUGUUGCGCUUCCUACGUCUUUUUGGACCAGGAAAGAAUGUCCCAUCUGUUUGGCGCAGUGCUCGGAGAAAGAGGAAGAAGAAACACCGUGAACUGAUACAGGAAGAGCAGAUCCAGGAGACGGAGUGCUCAGUAGAAUCAGAAGUCAACCAGAAAUCUUUGUGGAACUAUGACUAUGCCCCACCACCACCUCCAGAGCAGUGUCUCUCUGAUGAUGAAAUCACAAUGAUGGCACCUGUGGAAUCCAAGUUUUCCCAGUCAACUGGAGAUACAGAUAAAGUGACAGACACCAAACCAAGAGUGGCUGAGUGGCGUUAUGGGCCUGCUCGACUGUGGUAUGAUAUGCUGGGUGUCCCUGAAGAUGGCAGUGGGUUUGACUAUGGCUUCAAACUAAGAAAGAUGGAACAGGAACCUGUGAUGAAAUGUAGAAUGAUGGACGUAAGCAACACGGAAUACGGGAUACCUGAGGAAAGCAGUGGCACUGAUCUUCUGGCCGAUGAAAACUUCCUGAUGGUGACACAACUGCAUUGGGAGGAUGAUAUCAUAUGGGAUGGGGAGGAUGUCAAACACAAAGGGACAAAACCACAGCGUGCUAGCCUGGCAGGCUGGCUUCCUUCCAGCAUGACUAGGAAUGCCAUGGCUUACAAUGUUCAACAAGGUUUUGCAGCAACGCUGGAUGAUGACAAGCCUUGGUACUCCAUUUUUCCCAUUGACAAUGAGGAGCUGGUAUACGGACGUUGGGAGGACAAUAUCAUUUGGGAUGCUCAGGCCAUGCCCCGGUUCUUGGAGCCUCCUAUUUUGACACUUGAUCCCAAUGAUGAGAACCUCAUUUUGGAAAUUCCGGAUGAGAAGGAAGAGGCUACUUCGAACUCUCCCUCCAAGGAGAGUAAGAAGGAAUCAUCUCUGAAGAAGAGUCGAAUUCUGUUAGGGAAAACAGGAGUCAUCAAGGAGGAACCACAGCAGAACAUGUCUCAACCAGAAGUGAAAGAUCCAUGGAAUCUCUCCAACGAUGAAUAUUACUACCCUAAGCAACAAGGUCUUCGAGGCACCUUUGGAGGAAAUAUUAUUCAGCAUUCAAUUCCUGCUGUGGAAUUACGGCAGCCCUUCUUUCCUACACACAUGGGGCCCAUCAAACUCCGGCAGUUCCAUCGCCCACCUCUGAAGAAGUACUCUUUUGGGGCACUAUCUCAGCCAGGUCCGCACUCAGUCCAGCCCUUGCUAAAGCACAUCAAAAAGAAGGCAAAGAUGAGAGAACAAGAGAGGCAAGCUUCAGGUGGUGGAGAGAUGUUUUUCAUGCGCACACCUCAAGACCUCACAGGCAAAGAUGGAGAUCUUAUUCUUGCAGAAUAUAGUGAGGAAAAUGGACCGUUAAUGAUGCAAGUUGGCAUGGCAACCAAGAUAAAAAACUACUAUAAGCGGAAACCCGGAAAAGAUCCUGGAGCCCCAGAUUGUAAAUAUGGAGAAACUGUUUACUGCCAUACAUCUCCUUUUCUAGGCUCACUCCAUCCUGGACAGUUGCUGCAGGCAUUUGAGAACAACCUUUUUCGUGCUCCAAUUUAUCUUCAUAAGAUGCCAGAAACUGACUUCCUUAUCAUUCGCACAAGACAAGGUUACUAUAUUCGGGAAUUAGUGGAUAUUUUUGUGGUUGGCCAGCAGUGCCCUUUGUUUGAAGUUCCUGGGCCCAACUCCAAAAGGGCCAAUACUCAUAUUCGAGACUUUCUCCAGGUUUUUAUUUAUCGCCUGUUCUGGAAGAGUAAAGAUCGCCCACGGCGGAUCCGAAUGGAAGAUAUAAAAAAAGCCUUUCCUUCUCAUUCAGAAAGCAGCAUCCGGAAGAGGCUAAAGCUCUGCGCUGACUUCAAACGCACAGGCAUGGAUUCAAACUGGUGGGUGCUGAAGUCUGAUUUUCGUUUACCAACUGAAGAGGAGAUCAGGGCUAUGGUGUCUCCAGAGCAGUGCUGUGCUUAUUACAGCAUGAUAGCUGCAGAGCAGCGACUGAAGGAUGCUGGCUAUGGUGAGAAGUCCUUUUUUGCUCCAGAAGAGGAAAAUGAGGAAGAUUUCCAGAUGAAGAUUGAUGAUGAGGUUCGCACUGCUCCUUGGAACACCACACGGGCUUUCAUUGCCGCCAUGAAGGGCAAGUGUCUCCUGGAGGUGACUGGGGUGGCAGAUCCCACAGGAUGUGGUGAAGGAUUCUCCUAUGUGAAGAUUCCAAACAAACCAACACAGCAGAAGGAUGAUAAGGAGCCUCAGCCAGUGAAGAAGACAGUGACAGGAACAGAUGCAGACCUCCGUCGCCUUUCACUGAAAAAUGCCAAGCAACUUCUACGUAAAUUUGGUGUGCCUGAGGAAGAGAUUAAGAAGUUGUCCCGCUGGGAAGUGAUCGAUGUAGUACGCACAAUGUCAACAGAACAAGCCCGCUCUGGAGAGGGACCCAUGAGUAAAUUUGCCCGUGGAUCAAGGUUUUCUGUGGCUGAGCAUCAAGAGCGUUACAAAGAGGAAUGUCAGCGCAUCUUUGACCUGCAGAACAAGGUUUUAUCAUCAACCGAAAUCUUAUCAACUGACACAGACAGCAGCUCAGCUGAAGACAGUGACUUUGAGGAAAUGGGAAAAAACAUAGAGAACAUGUUGCAAAAUAAGAAAACCAGCUCUCAGCUGUCACGUGAACGGGAGGAGCAGGAACGGAAGGAACUACAGAGGAUGCUAUUGGCAGCAGGCUCAGCAGCAUCAGGAAACAAUCACAGAGAUGAUGACACUGCUUCUGUGACAAGCCUUAAUUCUUCUGCCACUGGCCGUUGUCUCAAGAUUUAUCGCACGUUUCGCGAUGAGGAGGGGAAAGAAUAUGUUCGCUGUGAGACGGUCCGAAAGCCAGCUGUCAUUGAUGCCUAUGUGCGCAUACGGACCACAAAAGACGAGGAAUUCAUUCGAAAAUUUGCCCUUUUUGAUGAACAACAUCGAGAAGAGAUGCGAAAAGAACGGCGGAGGAUUCAAGAGCAACUGAGGCGACUUAAGCGAAACCAGGAAAAGGAGAAGCUUAAGGGUCCUCCUGAGAAGAAGCCCAAAAAAAUGAAGGAGCGUCCUGACCUAAAACUGAAAUGUGGGGCUUGUGGUGCCAUUGGGCACAUGAGAACAAACAAAUUCUGCCCUCUUUAUUAUCAAACAAAUGCACCGCCUUCCAACCCUGUUGCCAUGACAGAGGAGCAGGAGGAGGAGUUGGAAAAGACAGUCAUUCAUAAUGAUAAUGAGGAACUUAUCAAGGUUGAAGGGACCAAGAUUGUCCUAGGGAAACAGCUAAUUGAGAGCGCAGAUGAGGUUCGCAGAAAAUCUCUGGUUCUCAAGUUCCCUAAGCAGCAACUUCCUCCCAAGAAGAAACGGCGAGUUGGAACUACUGUUCAUUGUGACUAUUUGAAUAGACCUCAUAAGUCCAUUCACCGGCGCCGGACAGACCCCAUGGUGACAUUGUCAUCCAUUUUGGAGUCUAUCAUCAAUGACAUGAGAGAUCUUCCGAAUACAUACCCUUUCCACACUCCAGUCAAUGCAAAGGUCGUAAAGGACUACUACAAGAUCAUCACCCGGCCGAUGGACUUACAGACACUCCGUGAAAAUGUGCGUAAACGCCUCUACCCAUCUCGGGAAGAGUUCAGGGAGCAUUUGGAGCUAAUUGUGAAAAAUAGUGCAACCUACAAUGGGCCAAAGCAUUCACUGACCCAGAUCUCUCAAUCAAUGCUAGAUCUCUGUGAUGAAAAACUUAAAGAGAAAGAAGAUAAAUUGGCUCGUUUAGAGAAAGCUAUCAACCCCUUGCUGGAUGAUGACGACCAAGUGGCAUUUUCUUUUAUUCUGGACAACAUUGUCACCCAGAAAAUGAUGGCAGUUCCAGAUUCUUGGCCGUUUCAUCACCCAGUUAAUAAGAAGUUUGUUCCAGAUUAUUACAAAGUAAUUGUCAGUCCAAUGGAUUUAGAGACCAUACGUAAAAAUAUCUCCAAGCACAAGUAUCAGAGUCGGGAGAGCUUUCUAGACGAUGUCAACCUUAUUCUGGCCAACAGUGUUAAAUACAAUGCUUUCGUAUAUGUUUGGCUGGAAUGGAGGUGCAAACCAUUGGCAUGAAGAUUUGCAAGGAUUUUGGAUAGGUGGUACAUAUGAACAUUAGAGUAACCCAUCAUAGUGGAGAGGGAUUUGGAGCCAAGAAGAUUGUGCCAGGUGUGUAAGUCCUUGGUGAAUGUGAGUUGGUUAAUGAUGGUGAGUAAAGGUGAAGAGCAGAGAUCUCAAACUCAAGUGGCCUAUAGGGGCCAGGCAAGUAAUGUAAAUGAGUUGAGGUGGGCCAAGUGUGGAUUGUGGUAAACUGGAAGAGUAUGUAUAUUCCAUCUAAAGAGGCUUGUACUUUACUGCAUCUGAUUGUUUCCUAAGGAGAUGAGUAUCCAUGUCACUUGGUAUCUUAAUUUUUCAGGAGAAGCUGAAAAUCUGGAUUUUGUGUACGUGUGACAUUUCCCAUUUUUACAUAUUUGCAAAUUGUUUAGAAAAAAUUUUUAACUCUGAAAGCCAAGUAAAAACAUCUAUCUGCUGGCCAAAUCUAGCUCCAAGGCAGCUCGUUUUCAACCUCUGGCAUGGUAGAGAACAAGCCUCAAAGUAGGAGGAAUUUUUUUUCCCCCAAGGGGAAGUAAAUAAUAAUUUGGUAGCAGCAGUAGACAGCCUAGAAGGCUGUCUUCCCCUCAUCCUUAACCAGUGGAUGAGAGUAUAAGAAACCUCUGAAUAGGGCAGAAAGGGUUAGUGGUGUCAUGUGAUAAGAAAUGUGCCCCUUUUUUGUGCUAAAAGGAUAUCCAUUAUGGAGUUGAAGGCACAUAUGAGAUGUUUCCUACCAUCAGGUACUAUAUACAAAAUAAUACUUUUAUUUAAAACUGUGUUGGUUGGCCAGAUAUGAACCUGCCUCUAUUUCUAAUUAAUAGUAAUAAAAUGUGGAAUCUAUUCCCUGCUUUAACCUUUUUAUUUCAAAAAAUUUUACUAGCAAAGUUAGAAUGGUAUCUCUGGUUAACAUUAUUUUGACCCUUUCCAUUCAAAUUCUUCACACAUAUCACACUGCAUAAUGGCAUAUUUCUAUAGCGUUUUACAUACUUUCAUUAUCAUGUAUAUAACAUAUGAGCUAAGUUGUACAUAGCUAGAAUGCUUAGCACUAAGGUCAGGAUCAUCGAGCAACAAGUGAAAGAUAAGUAAUACUUCACCUAGAAGUAUGCAGUAUAUGUUGGAGGACUCAGGUCUUGUACUAGAGGUGGUGGUGAUAGACUGCACACUAGUAUUAGAGUUUAAGCCUUUAGGUCUGUUCAGCUACCACAUAGGUGCUGAAUCAAUCGCAGAGCCUCUGUUCAUGUUCAGAUUACAUUUGAAGGAACAUUAAUAAUCAGAGAAACCCAAAACUUGGGAUCAGAACUAUUCGCAAUAAAAGUCAUAUAACAUUCCAUGUUGGUGAGAAUAAUACAGAUAAAGAAAUCCUGUCUGAAAAACACAACCCAAACUUUAUACCAGUCUUAGCAAAACCGUAAAGUAGUUGGCAGAGGCCUUAAUACUUAAUGUUUGAUUAAAUUUAAGAUAAACUGCAUAGUCUAUGGGCUUCCCAGGUGGCUCAGUGGUAUAGAAUCCGCCUGCCAAUGCAGGAGACAGGAGACACAAGUUUCAUCCUUGAGUCGGAAAGAUCCCCUGGAGGAGGGCAUGACAACCCACUCCAGUAUCCUUGCCUGGAGAAUCCCAUGGACAGAGGAGCCUGGCGGACUACAGUCAAUGGGGUUGCAGAGAGUUGGACAUGACUGAGCAUGCACACACGCCCGCAUAGUCUGUACCAAUAGAUGAUGCCAAACUAUUCGUGAUGAAACCCCUUUUCCCAAAGAAUUUCCUAGCAAGUUCCUCCUCCAGUGUUCUUCAAACCAAAAAUUAAUAAGAAGCCAUCUUAUCUAUGAUAAAUAGAUCACAUAUCAUAAAAUCUGAGUGCCUGAAGUUUUAGAUUAGAUAAAACAAUAAAUUUACCCUAAAAAUCUCCAGGGAAGUUUUUUUCUACACUUUUGUUUGAGUAACUCCCAACCCUGUGUGAUCUCUAAUAGUUCUGUGUAUAGGACUCUUUUGUGGAGCUCAUCGUAUACACAUGUGCAGCUUAGCAUUCAGCUGAAGAUUUAAGAGAGCUUUUCUGCAGAUCUUAGAUUGUCUGGAGUUCCCUCCUCUCCAGUUCUGUCCUGCAAUUUCCAACUGUUCUAGCCUCCUCAGACUCCAGUAUCUGUUUCUAUGGCUUAGUCAGACUGCUGUGCUUUUCUUGGAUUCAGCAGAAAGCCAAGGACAAUUGUAGGGCUCACUUCCUUUAUUUCCUUUCUCUCAAGAAUGACAGUCCUAUACUUCUUGGUCAGAAACAGUUGGUUCAUUUAUUUUUUUUGCAGUUUUCUGGUUACAGUGGGAAGACUAAUUCAGUAGCAAUUACUCUAUUGUGCCCAAGAAGGUCUUUAGGUUUAUUGUAUUUUCUGAGAUAGAAAUUUCAUUUUUAUGUAGUUAUAUUUAUCAGUCUUUGCUGUUUAGAUUUCUGUAUAAUUGUUUAAAAGACCUUCCCUACUCUGAGAUAGCCAACUAUAUUUUCUUCUAAUAUGUAUAAUAUUUAAACAUUUACUGAUUUUUAAAAAUAGAAUCUAAGAUAUAAGGUAAAUAUCUAACUUACUUUCUCUUCCAAAGAAUUAGCCAUAGUGUCCAAGUUGUACUUAUGGAAUGGUCUGUCCUUUUGUACAUUAGUACAAAAUGCUACCUUUAUCAUGUAGUAGAUUCUUAUAUAUUCUUUAACCUAUUUUGGAGCUUUCUGUUUUAUUUAUUUAUCUAAUCUGCACUAUUAUCACCAGAUAGUGUCUCUGAUUAUCAUUUAGACAUUAUAAUUUUAAAUUCCUCUGAUGUGACUAUCUUUCCCCAAUUAGCCUAAAUAAACUCUAGGAUCAUUUUUGUUAAAUUCUAACUUGUCAGUGACAGAUAAUUUUGAAAUCUUAUUUUAAUUUAUGGAUUAAUUUGAAGAGAAUGUAUAUCUUUGUAAUAUGUUUCUCCAUCUAAAAGCUCAUGUUUCUUCAUUUAUUCACUUGUUCUUUUACCUUUGUCAAUAAAGACUUUUAGGUUAUGUUGUAUAAUUUCUAGGCAUCUUUUGUUUAUUUCUUUAUGUUUUAUAGUUUUUAUUGUUAUUGAGCAUCUACUGUUUUUGUUGUUGAGUUUAUUCCUGGCUAAUUUAAGAGUUUUGCUACUAUUGUACAUGUGCUCCCCUCCUGCAAAGUGGUUAUUAAAUCUAAAGGUUUCAAUCAGUUUGAAGAAUAGUAUUGUUAACAGGUUAAUAUAAUGCUUAAAGUAUUUUUGUAUACUAGUUUCUAAGUCUGUCUGUAAGUUUGGCCAUUAAUAAAUAUUAAGGUUCUUUUUUUCUGUCAAUAACUUUCCUUAGAUUGGGGCCAAGGUAUAAGUAUUCCUACAUGGAGGUUAAGUCUCACAUCAUUAAAGAAAAUAAAAUCUCUUUUGAUACCGCUUCAGGCCCUUGCUGCCAUCCAUUCUUUUCAUAACUGACUUUUUGUUUGUUUUUAUUGUGGUAAAAUAUACAUGACAUAAAAAUUUACCUUUUCACCCAUUUUUAAAUUUACAAUUCGCUGGCAUUAAGUACAUUCAUAAUGUUGUGCAAGCAUCACCACUAUCGGUUUCCAGAACCAUUUCUUUCUCCCAAACAGAAGCUCAGCAUCCCCAUUCUACCACCCCCAGUUCUUGGUAAACUCUACUCUACUUUCUUUCAGUGAAUUUGCCUCUCCCAGGAACCUUAUAUGAGUAGAAUCAUACAAUAAAUAAAAUAUUUGUCCUUUUGUAUCUGGCUUUUAUUUCACUUUGCAUAAUGCUUCCAAGGUUCAACUAUCCAUGUUGUAGCAUGGAUCAGAAUUUCUUUUUUUUUCUUUCUUUUUAAAUGAACAUGUAAUGUGUCUCUCUAUUCUUUACCUGCCAUCCGUGUCUCACUCAGCUUUAAUCUAGUUUCUACUCUGCCAAGCAUACCAAGUGAACAGGAUCACAUAAUUGCCAGGUAUAGUGGGCACUUUUCAGUCCUUAUCUUUACCUCACCCCACUCUUUGACAUCAUUGAGCAUUUCUUCCUUGGAAUUAUAGUAUGAUUGGCUUCAUGACAACUUUCAGCUCUUACUUUCCUUCUACCUCUUAGACCAUUACUUUUUUUUUCCAUUUAUUUUUAUUAGUUGGAGGCUAAUUACUUUACAAUAUUGUAGUGGUUUUUGCCAUACAUUGACAUGAAUUACCAUUACUUUUCAGUCUCCUUUACUGAAUGUUAUUCUGCUUGUUACUACAAGUUUAACCACCACCUCUUUCUGAUGACUCUUAACUCUAUUCUGGGCAAAGAUCUAUAUAUAUCCCAACCACCUGCUGAACAUUUCCUCUUGGAUGUCCCAGUGGAACUUGAAACAUGCUUCAAACUGAAUAUUCUACUGUCCUUCUGCAUUCCAACUUUCUCCCUGUGUCCUUUACUUGACUCACUCCUUUACUGUUUCCAGUCUGGAUUUAAUGGGUUACUAGCAUCACUGAGUAGCAGCUGGAAACCUCACAGGUAUUUUUGAUUCUUCCUGUUGAAUAGAUCCCUGACUUCCAGCAUAUCACUAAAACCCUCAUUAUAUUUUGCCUAAAUUAGUACAAUAAAUAGUCACCUGGCCAAUAUCCCAGCCUCUAGACUUCUAGACUUACCUCUUUCUAACCUAUCAUUUGCAUUUUUGUCAGAUAAACCUCUAAUUGGAGAGGGAAAUGGCAACCCACUCCAGUAUUCUUGCCUGGAAAAUCCUAUGGACAGAGGAGCCCGGUGGAUGGUCCAUGGGGUCAUGAAGAGCCAGAAUGACUGAGCGACUAAACAACAGACCUCCUUAGUAAUUCAUACUUCUUAUAAAAAAAGGUCAGAUGAUACAGAAAUAGAUAGAAUUAAAUAUUAAAACUUCCAGAGACACUGCUUUGGGAAAGAUCCCCAGUGUUCUUACUUGCUGCAAGUAAUAAAUCUUUCCUUCUGCAAAAGAAGAGAAAAGCUUCUUCCUACCCGCACACUCCUAUUUCCAUGGUUUUAUUCCCUAGAGGUAACAGUUUGGUGUAUAUCCUUUAAUCUUUUUUUCUGUACUUACUCAAAACAUGGUAAAUAAUUACACAUUAGUUUUUAACUGUUUGUCUUUUUUUUUUUUUUUGGCAAAAAUGGACAUUUUUAUAGAUACUUACCCUUUAAUUUGCUCUCUUUGUUCAUGAAUAUAUCCUGAUCCUCUUUUUUUAAGCUUCUAUUUUGAAAUAAUUUAGACUCAAGAAAUUACAAAAAUAGUCUGUAGAGACCUGUAUAACCUUUAUUUUAUGUACCUUCCUCCAAUGGCAACAUCUUAGAUAGCUGUGGUUCAAUAUCAAAAUCAGGAAAUUGAUGCAUUAUCAUUAACAAGAUUACAGACUUUAUUCAGUUUGCACUUUGAAAAAAAUCUAUAUUCAUCUGUGCAUGUAUAUUUUUUAUCCAGUUUUAUGCCAUCACCUAACCACCACAAUCAAGGUUUAGAACUGGUCUGUCAUCACAAAAGAACUCCCUGAUGAUACCUCUUUGUAUUCCUGUCCCUCCACGUGCACACACCUUUCUCCUGGUUCCUUGGCAACCACCUAGCUGUUCUCCAUCUCUAUACUUUUGAUACUUGAGCAUCUUAUAUAAAGAGUAGUACAAUAUUUUUGAGAUUGCCUUUUUUUUCAUAUGCCUAUGAACUAGGCAUAAUUCAAAUUAUUGUAUGUGUCAGUAGUUCAUGUUUUAAGUUGUUGAGUAGUGUUCAUCAUACCAGAAGUUGGUUCAGCUAUUCAGUCAUUGAAAGAUAUUCAGUUCUCCAGUAUUUUGCCAUUAUGAAUAAAGCUGGUAUGAACAUUCAUGUACACGAUUUUGUAUGAAUGCAAAAUUUCCUUUCUCUGAGAUAAAUGCCCAAGAAUGAGAUGGUAGAUAUAUGUGUAGUUUUCUGAGAAACUGCUCUACUCUUUUCCAGAAUGCCUGUACCAUUUUGCAUUUCCUCCAGCAAUGAACCAAUCAUAGUUUCUCUGCAGUAUUUAGUAUUACCACUAUUUAAAUAAAUUGUAUCUGUUCAUCUUUCUCAUUGUGUUUUUACUUUGCAUUCCCCUAAUGGCUAUUGAUACUAAAUAUCUUUUCAUGCGCAUAUUCACCACCCAUGUAUUUUCUUUGGUGAAGUGUCUGUUUCUUUGCCACAGGUUUUGUUUUGGCUGUACUGGGUCUUUGUUGCUGCUCGGGCUUUUCUCCAGUUAUGGCGAGUGGGGGCCACUGUCUGGUUGUGGUGUGCCAGCUUCUCAUUGUGGUGGCUUCUCUUGUGGAGCACAGGCUCUGGAGUGUGUGGGCUUCUGCAGUUU